UCACUCUCAGCAGUCGGGCUGGAGCUUUCUUCAGGCGAGUCUGCACCUCCCGGUUCUCCCCCGAGCCAGAGGAUGGCUGUGCUUAAUUGGAAGUCUGUCUUGGAUAUGAUUAAAGAGUUCAGAAGGAACUGGCACACUUUUUGUAACUCUGAGAGAACUACUGUAUGUGGUGCAGACUCCAUGCUCUUGGCAUUGCAGCUUUCCAUGGCAGAGAACAACAAACAGUACAGUGGAGAAUUUACAGUCUCUCUCAGCGAUGUCUUAUUGACCUGGAAAUACUUACUACAUGAGAAAUUGAACUUACCAGUUGAAAAUAUGAAAGUGAUUGACCAUUAUGAGAACAUUAGGAAGAUUUAUGAUGAUUUCUUAAAGAACAGUAACAUGUUAGAUAUGAUUGAUGUUUAUAAAAAAUGUAAUGUUUUGACUUCUAAUUAUGAAAAUUAUGCGAACAUAUCUCCUAGUCAACUACGGGAUUUUCUGUCUGGCAGACAGUAUGCAGUAGAUGAUGAAACUGAUUUUUCUGAACCAGUGUCACCAAUGAGUGAACACAACCAGGAUAAUGAAAAGGUACAGUUACUAGCAAAGAAAAUUAUCUACUCAUAUUUAAACCUGCUAGUGAAUUCAAAGAAUGACUUGGCUCUGGCUCAUAUUCUCAAUAUUCCUGAUAGAGGACUUGGAAGAGAAGCCUUCACUGAUUUGAAACAUGCUGCUCGAGAGAAACAGAUGUCUAUCUUUUUGGUGGCUACAUCAUUUAUUAGAACAAUAGAGCUUGGAGGGAAAGGAUAUGCACCAUCACCAUCUGAUCCUCUAAGGACACAUAUAAAAGGAUUGUCUAAUUUUAUUAAUUUCAUUGACAAAUUAGAUGAAAUUCUUGGAGAAAUACCAAAUCCAAGUAUUGCAGGGGGUCGGAUACUCUCAGUGAUAAAGAUGCAGCUGAUUAAAGGCCAGAACAGCAGGGAUCCUUUUUAUAAAGCAGUAGAGGAAGUUGCUCAAGAUUUGGAUUUGAGGAUUAAAAGUAUUAUCAAUUCUCAACAAGGAGAUUUAGCUCUUAGUACCACUGACAUCAGUCCUGCACGGCCAAAAUCUCAUGCCAUAAACCAUGGCACUGCAUACCGUGGCAGAGAUACUGUGAAAACUUUACUAGUUCUUUUGGAUGAAGAAGCAGCCAGUGCUCCUACCAAAAACAAAGCAGAGCUUUUAUAUGACGAUGAAAACACAAUUCAUCAUAAUGGAACUUCUAUUCUUACACUUUUUAGAUCUCCCACACAAGUGAAUAAUUCAUCGAUGAAACCCCUAAGGGAACGUAUCCAUAUGUCAGUGCAAGAGAAAACAAUUAAGAUGAAGCAAACCUUAAUUAGAUCUCAGUUUGCUUGUACUUACAAAGAUGACUGGAUGAUAAGCAAGGAUAAGUGGAAUAAUGUUAAUUCAGCAUCAAAGCCUUUGUGUGUUCUUCACAUGGAAAAUGACCUUUCUGGAGGUGUAAAUUCAUCUGUUGGAAGACCAACAAUUGGAACAAGUUCUGGAAAUGUUCAUCUGGACAGAAGUAAAAAUGAAAAGGUGGCAAGAAAAUCAAUUAGUCUGACAGGAAAUAAAAGUUCAAAAAGGAAACAGGUGGAUUUGGAUGAUGAAAAUAUUCUCUGUGAUAAUGGAAACGAACCACCUCAACACAAAAAUGUUAAGAUACCUAAGGCAUCAAAAGAUUUGCAGAGUAAAUUAGAUGGAAAACUAGUUAGAGUUGCAAAAAGCAACAAAUGUACGGCCAAGGACAAAUUGAUUACUGGCCAGACAAAGUUAACUCAGUUUUUUAGACUAUGAAUUUGUCUUUUAUGUUCUUUAGAUUUAUGUAUAUAUAAAACCAUUCACCAAAGGCAUCUACUUAAUUUUUAAGAGAUCAAGGUGUAAAUUAUGGUGCUUUAUUAUUUUGGUCUGCAGUGUGUGUAAGGUUAGCAUGUUAAGCAUUUUUUAAAAAAUACUAGUAAGUCAUAAUUAUGCAGAAUAUUCACAAAGUUUAAUGCACAGGUAAAGCAUAUCAUUUAGGUAUAUCUUAAUACUACUUUCUUUGAAAACAGACAUUUAAAAUAAUACAAGUCAUAGUAACAUUAAGGGCAUUUUUCCCCACAGGCAAUUAAAUGAUUUUGUUUUCUUCUGAAAUGAUGACGUGGACCAACAGGUAUCAGACUUGCCAGCAAGGUCGAUAGACUCUUCCCAGCAUACACCUGAGCACUGAAGGAAAAAAAAGCUUAAAUUGUUUAAAGGACUAGUAUCACACAAAAUUGAUUAGAAAUGAAAGAAUGGAUCUAGUAUAGCUAAUUCUGAGUAAAUCAAAAUUAUGGUAACUAAUAACUAAAUUAUAGUAACUAAUUAAAUACUUUUUAAUUUCACAUCUUUUGCAGGGGUCACUUAAUAUCAAGUAAAUUGAACCAUGGUCUUGUUUGAUUUUGUCAUGAUUGGACCCAAAUUCAAUUAAACUCAGAGUUCUAUUUUAUGGUAUUAAGAUAUAAGAAUUGAAUUUUAAAAAGACUACUCACUGUCAAAAUCUCUCCUUCCUAUAGGAAAUUUAGCUGAGUUUUCUUCAUCCGCAGUUUCUCUCUUUUCUUGUAUUGAUUCAGUAUUUUGAACUUCAUUCUCAGCUGGAAAAGCUAAAGAUCCUUUUAGUGCAAGAUAAGGUUUUAUAGCCAGAUUCAGUGGCAGACCAUGAUUUAAGAAAUUGUGUUUCGAACCUGCAUUCUGUAAAGAAAAGGUUGAUUUGUGUUUUAGCUGUCUUAUUGGGAAUAGAACUAUGAUACAAUUGUGUAAUAUUCUUAUUGAUCAAAGAUGCUCUACACUGUUUUGACUCUAAAAAAUAUUUUAGAUACAAGGUUUUCAGGGAUUAAAAACCUUUUGAAUAAGAGAUGUUUUCCAGAAUGGAAGAACAACCUGGUAUGUAGGAAAUUUGAUCAAUUGUCCUAAUGCAUAUUGUGACUUUUUUCACAUACUUCUGCUUAUAAAAGUAUCAACUUUACUUCCAAAGGAUUCAUAAAAAUCAUUCAAAUUUCCAUUGAAAAAAAGGAUAAGUCACAAUGCCACUUACCUUUGAAUUUUCGUUUUCCUCAUCAUUCAUGAAAUUGCUCUCAUCAUUUUUAUAUUCCUCCAGGGAAGGAACAACAAUUGAUUUUUCUUCAGUAUCUUCCUUCUGAAAGGCUUUCCCCAGCCUCAGCGUUUUAAAUACCAUGUCAUCUUCUAAAUUUCUUAUUGACUUGGAGGCUGAAGGCGAAACACCUUGAGAAAGCAAAGAAAAAGUUAGUAUUAAUAUGUAGGAAGAGAAGCUCAUUUUUGCCAUUCUUAG